AUGAAGUUCUCCGUCAGCCUCUCCUCCAUUCUCUUUGCGGCCGUCUUCUUCGCUCUGUCUGCCCAAGCUGCUUCGUCCAUUUCUUCCCCCAACGAAGCAUUAUUCAUUACAUUCUAUGACGAUUUCAACUUUGUCGGAAACACUUACUCUCCUGCAAAACCUGUACCCAACACUUGCAUCACCCUCCCCUCCACCUGGAGAAACAGAGCUGAAAGUUGA